GGGAAAUAACUGGGACAUCAUUUAAUCUGUGGGAUUUAAUCCGCUUCUGAGUUCAACAGUAAUGAAACUUUAACGCUGAUUUUCAGGUGUGAUGUUUAGAAAAGGGUGGUUAUAAUGAGCGAGCUGCAUCCAGUAUCGUCCUGGUCUGUGGAAGAGGUUCUGGAGUGGAUUCAGGAACAGCACCCAGGACUCAUGGAGACUCUCUACAAAGGCAUCAUCAAACACGCCAUAUCAGGCCGAGCUUUACUGAGACUGAGGGAACAUCACCUGCAGCUGCUUGGGGUGGAGGAUGACAAGCAGCAGCAGGAAAUAUUGCAGGACCUUCUGCUUCUCAGAGUUCAGGAAGAAAUCAAUGAACUCAAUGACAUUUGCUCUGACUGUUUUUCUUCAUGAAGACGGCGAACCGACAGAAAGAUACCAGCUGGGUUUUUUAUUUCCCGUCUGUCCGUUCAUCUGUGCGAAGGAGAUUGAAAGGUGGCAGUGAUGGAAAUAACAAGAGAAGGUGAACAGAAAGGAGGAUCGAUGGGGACGAGAAGAGAGAGAGAGAGAAAGAGAGAGAGAGAGAAACCCAUUUCCUGUGUGAAAUUUGACCCUCGCAGAUGGAUGAGAUUAGUUUUUGUCUGGUUGUCUUUUUUUUUUAUCCCUAUUGUCCAUUUGUCUCCGUCCUUUUCCUCUGUCUGUAUUCUGUUUAACCAUACCAGUAUCAAAUAUCCUCCAAAUCUGUAUUAAAUAACACUCCCAGCAUCCAGAAUGAUGCCCUUGUGGAAGCUGCUAAGAACUACAAAAAAACAAAACAAAAAAAGGUCUAGAAAAACAUUUUGUUUGCUGAUUAUUUUUAAUAUAUAUAAUUGUAACUGUUGCACCUUUGUGGUUAUUUACAGAAUAUGUAUAAAGUACAGUAUGAACAUGUCAAUAUUUUGCCAUAUUAAAACUCUUUCAUUUAGGUUCAAAAUCUAAAACUUGCUAAAUUUGUUUAAACAACUAAACUUGGCUCAAAUAUUUUACAGUGCACCACUUCCUGUCUUCUUCUUUGUCUUUUUUUUUUGUUUUUACCAGUAAUUACAUCCAGCAAUGUUGGAUUUUUAGUAAAAUGCUAACAAAAACUUUAUCGAAAAACAGGAGUUUAUUUCAGAAUUGUCAUGUUUCCAUUUAUUUUUGCACAUUUAUGUGUUGAAUAAAAAUGCAGCUCAUUUAA